AUGAAAUGUUCGAAGAAGGUUGUUGCUGGAUCUUCUAAGAAAUCUGUUAAAGAAUCUACAUCAACAAAGAGUCUGAAGAAAGUACCAAUCUUAGAAGUUGAGCCAAUCCAACUAGAAAUUGUUGUUGUUGAUACUCCUUUGACUCAAAAGGAAAUUAUUCCUUCGAAGACUGGGAUUUUUCGAAGAAUCAAGAUGAAGUCUAAGCAUAAGAGUCGCUCACCUUUAACCAAUGUUUUUCGCAAACCACAUUUUUCGCAUCAUGGUUUCAUUUUUCGUGAGAUUCUUGACCCUGCAUCACCGUCUUCUAAGAACAGAAGGGCAACAGACAUGGCCAAACAUAUUUCGAGGAAGAAGAAGAAGGGUAGAGUGAUUCUUUCGUCAGAGUCUACAACUGAUGAAAAUGAAACCAUUCCAGAGACACCGGAAGCUGAUCUUUAG